CCGCGCCGCUAAGACAUGGGCUCCGUAGGAGCACGCCCCGCGCUGGCGGCCGCCCUGCUCUGCCUGGCCCGCCUGGCUCUCGGCUCUCUGUGCCCCACCGUCUGCCAGUGCCCGGCCGCCGCGCCGCAGUGCGCCCCGGGCGUGGGUCUGGUGCCGGACGGCUGCGGCUGCUGCAAGGUCUGCGCCAAGCAGCUGAACGAGGACUGCAGCCGGACGCAGCCCUGCGACCACACUAAGGGGCUGGAGUGCAACUUCGGCGCCAGCCCCGCAGCCACCAAGGGCAUCUGCAGAGCACAGUCUGAGGGGAGACCGUGCGAAUACAACUCCAAAAUCUACCAGAACGGCGAAAGCUUCCAGCCCAACUGCAAGCACCAGUGUACGUGCAUAGAUGGAGCUGUGGGCUGCAUCCCGCUCUGCCCGCAGGAGCUCUCCCUCCCCAACCUGGGCUGCCCCAGCCCCAGGCUGGUCAAAGUGCCUGGGCAGUGCUGCGAGGAGUGGGUCUGCGAUGAGAGCAAGGAUGCGCUGGAGGAGCUGGAGGGCUUCUUCAGCAAGGAGUUUGGUCUGGACGCUUCUGAGGGCGAACUGACCAGGAACAACGAGCUGAUUGCCAUUGUGAAGGGAGGCCUGAAGAUGCUACCUGUUUUUGGAUCUGAGCCACAAAGCCGAGCUUUUGAGAACCCCAAAUGCAUUGUGCAAACAACUUCCUGGUCCCAGUGCUCAAAGACGUGUGGGACCGGCAUCUCCACCAGAGUCACCAACGACAAUCCCGACUGCAAGCUCAUCAAGGAGACCAGGAUAUGUGAAGUGAGGCCAUGUGGCCAGCCCAGCUACGCCUCCCUAAAGAAAGGAAAAAAAUGUACCAAGACUAAGAAGUCCCCAUCCCCCGUAAGGUUUACUUAUGCUGGAUGCUCCAGUGUGAAGAAGUACCGCCCCAAGUACUGUGGGUCUUGUGUGGAUGGCAGGUGCUGUACUCCCCAGCAGACCAGGACUGUCAAGAUCCGGUUCCGCUGCGAUGAUGGAGAAACCUUCACCAAGAGUGUCAUGAUGAUCCAGUCCUGCCGCUGCAACUACAACUGUCCGCAUGCAAACGAAGCUUAUCCCUUCUACAGACUGGUCAAUGACAUCCACAAAUUUAGGGACUAAGUAGUAUUUGGGGUGGGAUGUUAAACAGAAUUCUGAAGUAACCAGCCAUGGAGAAAGGACCUCUGAUGGAAGUGGUGCCUUGCCCAUUCGAGGGCAAUAUGAGAUAUUACAAGAGUGCACUGUGCAAAUGGACACUAAUGCAACAGAGAUUUAAGCAUAGUUAAAGCUUCAUAGUACUGGAGCAACUUUACUGCUUCUUUUUGGAGCACCUUUAUCUUAUACUGUUUUCUGUUUGUAAGUGAUCUGAUGUUUUAUUCCGGUUAUGAAAACUUUUCCUUUCCUGUUCAGUUUAACACUAUGCUUUUCCCCUCCCCUCCAUCUUCUCCCCUACUUUCCCAACCAAGUUGGAAGUUACAUUCCUUCCUGAGGUGGGCACUUGUGGGGUGUUCACAGUGGCAGCUAUUAUGUACCAACUGUAGUUUAAUGGCAAACAGAAAUCAGUUGUUUUAAAGCUGAGUAUUUUAUUUAUCAAACUGUAGCUCUUGUUUUCUUUUUUUUUUUUUUUUUUUUAACCCCUUCGAACCCCUGUAAUACUGGAAUAAGUUGUAAAUGAUUUUAAUUUUAUAUUCAAUGAAUUAAAAGAAUUUAUUUAUGGAAUUAAUCAUUUAAUAAAGAAAUAUUUACCUAACUAUUCUUAGUAGAGAGCAUCUUGAAAGGCAACAGACUUCAGCUCCUUUCCAGGACCACUUGGAAUCGUCUGGAAACCAAAACAGGCUCCACCCCAGGUACAGCAAUGAAUGAGUAAGCUGAGUCUUUGGGUAAAUGGUAUUUUGAAGUGGUAUAUGCAAUCUGUCACCCUGUGCACUAGAAAGUGUAUACAGAGAAAGCUUCCUGGCACUGAAAGCAAACGUUUGGAAGAGAGACUGAAAUGUUAAUUAGUCUGUCAGAUUAUUCAAACUGUCCUGGAAUUUGCAACAUAAGGCACUUCAUUAGAAUGCAGUGUGUGCACAGUGAUGUUGAGCACUGGGGUGGGAGCGGUGGGCAGGUCUCACAUUUUUGGUGGCUGCUUUCUGCAAAUUAAUGGAGUUCAGUGGAAGAAGAAUGUUUCCUACAGUCUGCAGGAGGUAGUUGGCUUUCACUAAAUUCAAAUUAAAUGAGCUUGAAGCAAUGACUUUUGUUAAUCCUAAUAACCCAGUGAUGAAAAGUAAACAUACUGUUAACAGGAGAAGAAUGUGAGGAAUUUCAAGUACUUUUCCAAUAGAGUAAAAGGCAAAGCAGCCAAUCUUCUCCCUUCUCCGCCUUCCCUUCCCACUUAUUAAAUAUGUAACUACACUUCAGGGAUGGGGAUGACAUUUAGUGAACCAAGGGAGUCCUAAGAUAGCUAGCUGGCGUGCAUUAAGAAAGUGACACUUAAAAAUAAUCUACAGCAGGAACUGAGAAAGCUGUGUGAACCGUUUGUGCUAUGCUGGUUAGCAUAAAGCUGUACUACAGAUAAGACUGAAAGGAAACCUGCAGCACCAUUUUUUCCUCCUCAUCGUCAGUCUUCUGGCAUAAGCCCUUCCUGUGGCCUUUACUAAGGAAAGCACUUCUAUAAAGCAGCAACUGAUGGUGUGGUUUUGGAAUUGUGAAGCAGAUGUGUAAGUGGUUAAGAGUUCACUUCUCAUUUGAUUAGGCAUAAAUACUUCAAUAAAAUAAAUGGCCAAAUAUCUCGCUGGCAGUUAAUGCUUUGCCUGAAAAAAUUACAGCUGUCUCUCUUCUGCUCAGUCAAGUUUUCUCCCCGGAGGCGUUCACAGCUUCAGCUGUUUUGGAAUUUACCACCUGGCCACCAGUCUUAGCUGCACCUAAACCUGUCUGUACAAUACUUGUUGACAGCAAGAGCGUAAAACACAGUGAAGUGC